AUGUACUCGCCCUCCAGAGCUACGACUCCAGUACGCUCCGAGGAGGACUACUCGCCCUCCAGAGCUACGACUCCAGUACGCUCCGAGGAGGACUACUCGCCCUCCAGAGCUACGACUCCAGUACGCUCCGAGGAGGACUACUCGCCCUCCAGAGCUACGACUCCAGUACGCUCCGAGGAGGACUACUCGCCCUCCAGAGCUACGACUCCAGUACGCUCCGAGGAGGACUGCUCGCCCUCCAGAGCUACGACUCCAGUACGCUCCGAGGAGGACUACUCGUCCUCCAGUACGCUCCUAGGAGGACUGCACGCCCUCCAGAGCUACGAAUCCAGUACGCUCCUAGGAGGACUACUCGCCCUCCAGAGCUACGACUCCUCUCCUGCACGCCCCAGCCGGCUCCUGCACGCCCCUAACCAGCUCCUGCACGCCCCUAACCAGCUCCUGCACGCCCCAGCCGGCUCCUGCACGCCCCCAUCCGGCUCCUGCACGCCCCUAACCAGCUCCUGCACGCCCCAGCCGGCUCCUGCACGCCCCAGCCGGCUCCUGCCCGCCCCAGCCGGCUCCUGCACGCCCCCAUCCGGCUCCUGCACGCCCCCAUCCGGCUCCUGCACGCCCCAGCCGGCUCCUGCACGCCCAACCGGCUCCUGCACGCCCCAGCCGGCUCCUGCACGCCCCAGCCGGCUCCUGCACGCCCCCAUCCGGCUCCUGCACGCCCCCUUCCGGCUCCUGCACGCCCCAGCCGGCUCCUGCACGCCCCAGCCGGCUCCUGCACGCCCCAGCCGGCUCCUGCCCGCCCCAGCCGGCUCCUGCACGCCCCUAACCGGCUCCUGCACGCCCCAGCCGGCUCCUGCACGCCCCAACCGGCUCCUGCACGCCCCAGCCAGCUCCUGCACGCCUCUAACCAGCUCCUGCACGCCCCAGCCGGCUCCUCUCCUGAACGCCUCUAACCAGCUCCUGCUCGCCUCUAACCAGCUCCUGAACGCCCUGCUCGCCUCUAACCAGCUCCUGAACGCCUCUAACCAGCUCCUGCUCGCCUCUAACCAGCUCCUGAACGCCUCUAACCAGCUCCUGCUCGCCUCUAACCAGCUCCUGAACGCCUCUAACCAGCUCCUGCUCGCCUCUAACCAGCUCCUGAACGCCUCUAACCAGCUCCUGCUCGCCUCUAACCAGCUCCUGAACGCCUCUAACCAGCUCCUGCUCGCUUCUAACCAGCUCCUGCUCGCCUCUAACCAGCUCCUGAACGCCUCUAACCAGCUCCUGCUCGCCUCUAACCAGCUCCUGAACGCCUCUAACCAGCUCCUGCUCGCCUCUAACCAGCUCCUGAACGCCUCUAACCAGCUCCUGCUCGCCUCUAACCAGCUCCUGAACGCCUCUAACCAGCUCCUGCUCGCCUCUAACCAGCUCCUGCACGCCUCUAACCAGCUCCUGAACGCCUCUAACCAGCUCCUGCUCGCCUCUAACCAGCUCCUGAACGCCUCUAACCAGCUCCUGCUCGCCUCUAACCAGCUCCUGAACGCCUCUAACCAGCUCCUGCACGCCUCUAACCAGCUCCUGCUCGCCUCUAACCAGCUCCUGCACGCCUCUAACCAGCUCCUGAACGCCUCUAACCAGCUCCUGCACGCCUCUAACCAGCUCCUGAACGCCUCUAACCAGCUCCUGCACGCCUCUAACCAGCUCCUGCACGCCUCUAACCAGCUCCUGAACGCCUCUAACCAGCUCCUGAACGCCUCUAACCAGCUCCUGCUCGCCUGUAACCAGCUCCUGCACGCCCCUAACCAGCUCCUGCACGCCCCUAACCAGCUCCUGCACGCCCCUAACCAGCUCCUGCACGCCCCUAACCAGCUCCUGCACGCCCCAGCCGGCUCCUGCACGCCCCUAACCAGCCCCUGCACGCCCCAACCGGCUCCUGCACGCCCCCAGCCGGCUCCUGCACGCCCCAUACGGCUCCUGCACGCCCCUAACCAGCCCCUGCACGCCCCCAGCCGGCUCCUGCACGCCCCCAUCCGCCAGCUUCACCAUCUCUUUGGCACCGUGUCAAGUGCCAUGGAAGAUAGACGUGGCACUCAUGCCAAACCUGACCCCCACAUGUUGUGCACGUCCUCAACAGCAAUUACUGUUAAAAUUUUUAGGUGGCUAGCCUUAAGCAUCUAG